AUGGCCAAGAAACUGAAGAAUAUUUGUUUUGAAGAGAAUGUUAAGGACUCAAAAUAUGUGAGGCCAAUGAGGGCAACUUAUGAAUUAGUAAGAUAAUUGGGGCCGAAUAUUACCUUAUUGUUUUGUCUGGUGAUUACAUUCGUAACUUUAGAAUGGUAGUAGAUUGACUUGGGACAUGGCCUUCGAGAAUGAUAGUGUUUCCAUUGUUCUUUUCCAUACAAAACUCAAGAAAAUUGUAUUGGUCAAACAGUUUAGAGCUGGUAUGUUUCAGACUAUGAAAGUAGAAUAUAAUGUGUUAUCUUUUUGAUGACCAAUUCUGUUUAUUUCUUUUUUAGUGGUCUUCUUCCGAAAUAUUUUGAGAUUGCCUGAAAACAAAGGAAAGUCCUACAACGAUAUUAACUUCCAUGAAUACGAUGUCCAGAUUGGGGAAACCAUGGAAUUAUGUGCUGGAAUUGUAGAUAAGCCCUUAGGGUUGAAGGAAAUUGCCAUGGAAGAAGUAUUGGAGGAAUGCGGAUACAAAGUUGAUGAUCUUGAACUGGUGAAGAGCUUCGUGUAAGGGUUUGAGUCCUCGAAUUUUUAAUAGUUAUUUUUUAGCGAUGGAGUGGGGAUCUCGGGUGCUGAACAUACAAUCUUUUUUGGUACGGUAACCGAUGAACAGAAAGUCUCGGAAGGCGGGGGAAAUCCUAGUGAAGGGGAGUUUAUUGAGAUCGUAAGUGUUACUUUUAGCUUUUUUAAUUUUGCAAGGAAGGGACUUCUAUGGGAUAUGGAGUUACAAGUCGAUACGUAUAUCAAAAAAGCGCAAAAUUUUUCUGAUGUAAAAGUUAGCUGCCCAAUUUUUUAAGGGCGAAAAACCAUUUUUUGGGCUAAAAUAAACUUUGACAAGGCUUAAAAUACCAAUUUUGAGUAAGGGUACAUCAUAAAAGUGGUUCCAGUGUAAAAAAAAGAUUUAUGCGCCAAAAGACGUCGAACCGGACUUCAUUUUUUCCUCGAGGCCACCGGAUUCAUUUUUUCCUCGAGAAAUACAUUUUUCGAUACAGCUUGUUUAAUAAACAAAAAUUGGGCAGCUAAGUUUUACCUAUUCUGUGACAGAAAAAAUUUACGAUUUUCGGAUAUAUGUAACUCCACACCCCAUAGAAGUACUUUCCUUGUUAGAAGUACUUGACCAUCGAAGAAGUCCGAACUCUCCUCAAAGAAGUCCACAACUGUCCGCCCAGUCUUUUGUAUGGGUUAUCAUGGUUUUUGGAAAACAGAAAGGAACUUUAUUCUGCAUAA